AUGCCAAGCGAGGAUCGUUUCGACAUCGUCAUUUACGGGGCCACUGGUUUCACGGGUUUGCGGUGUAUCACCUCGUACGUUAGCUCGAAGCUAUUCAAAGGUAUCACUUUGGCGGUGGCUGGAAGAAAUGAGACGAAAUUGCGGCAAGCGCUUGACAAAAUUUCCAUUGAAACGGGAGUGAACACUCGCGAUGUAUCGAUCAUUGUCGCCUCCACGGAAGACCCUGAAUCACUGCACAAGAUGGCGCGACGAGCUCGCGUCAUUGUUAACGCCGUUGGACCGUAUCGUCUUCAUGGAGAGGCUGUGGUUAAAGCAGCUGUUGAAGAAGGAGCUUCACAUGUCGAUAUUUCAGGAGAACCGGCGUUUCUCGAGAAGAUGCAGAUGAAAUAUGGUGAACUUGCAAAGGAAAAAGGCGUCUAUGUGGUUGGCGCAUGCGGAUGGGAUUCAAUUCCAGCUGAUUUAGGAGUCAACUACUUAAAGAAACAUUUCCCUGGUGAUCUCAAUCAUGUCGAGACCUUUGUCCAACUAUUGACUGGUCCAGCGGGUUAUUCUUUCAACGCUGGCACCUAUCAAACGCUCGUAUUAGGCAUCUCGUCAGUCAUGAGUGACAAGUUGGGACAAAUUCGUCGUCAGAUCAUGCCUGAGAAGAUCCCUCGAUCAGCUAUCCGACCGCCAAAGCGGGGUAAACUCUGGCAAAUCGAUGCCGGGGAGUUGAACGGUGGCUGGGCUUUACCAUUUAUGGGCUCUGAUAAGUCGAUUGUUCAACGUUCACAGUAUUAUCAAUAUGUCGAAAAACAGGAAAGACCAGUGGCCAUUGAAACCUAUAUUCGGAUUGGUUCACUUCUUUGGGCCGUUUUGUUAGUUGUUUGGGUGUCGAUUUUCUCGCUUUUCUGUAUGUGGACUCCGACAAGACGUUUCUUACAGAAAUACCCGGAUCUAUGCAGUUUUAACAUGUUUAAGAACGCUGGCCCGACUCAAGAGCAAAUGGAACAAGCUGGUUUUAUCUAUUGGUUUAUUGGAAGCGGAUAUAGUGAGCGGAAAAGCCUAAACGAACAACACCAGGGACAACCGGAUAAAAGAGUGGUGGUAUCUUGCCGCGGGCCUGACGCUGGCUACAUAGCUACUUCGGCAAUGGUCAUGUCCUCAGCCCUCGCUAUCAUCAACGACAAAAAAACUUUACCGAAAAACGGCGGCGUCUACACAACCGCCUCCGCUUUCGCUGACACAAAAAUCUACGAGUAUUUGCGCGAUUUUGGCGUCACUUUCCAAGUUGAAAACGAGGCAAAGUUG